AUGGUUUGGCAAGCCGCUCAAGUUAAAGAAGGAGAGCCAGAUCAGCAUUUCAUGUGCGCAUACUCAGAUGAUGCAAAGACAUGGACGAAAGCGAUUCGAAUGCCAAUCGGGAAACAGCGCGGUGCAAUUCCUUGGGCUCCGGUUUUGAGAUUAUCGGGAGAGACUUUGACGUUGUUUUUUGCAGAGUCUUCUACGUGCAUGAAACCUGGUGGUGGCGUUGCCGCCAUCGACGGCGCAGAUAUUCCGAGAUGGGCACCUGGUGGCGAUAUUCGAUUUGCAACCACGCGCGAUGGCUUUCGUUGGUCAAAGCGUGUCGAGCUGUUAACGCAAUCCUACAACACGGGGAUUCCCAAGGUUAUCGCGAACCCGGCGAUACAGAUUAGUCAAGGCGACCAUAAAGGAACUCUUAUUUUACCGUACUGGGAGGAAGUUCCGAGAAUGUCGACGAAACGCGAAGGAUGUCCGAGUCCAGAUGCGACGCCGUCUGCGGGCGCGCUCAUUUCAAAAGACAACGGUAGAACUUGGAAGCCUUCGGAGUCGUCCCUCACCGAUUCAGAGACGUGGUUGAUUGAAGGAACGAUGGCUGAAUUAUCGAACUCGAGCGUGUUGCAUUUAUUUAGGACAUCGGUUGGUGAAAUAUAUAAAAGUUUGAGUCACGAUGGCGGUAGAACGUGGACGAAAGCGUCCUCGACCGGUUUACCAAAUCCAAACUCGAAGAUUCAUCUUUUGAGAUUAGCAGACGGAAGAUUAGCUUUAGCGUAUAACCACGAUAGAAAGUACCGAGCGAAUUUAUACGUGGCGAUAUCAGAGGAUGACGGGGAAAAUUGGCAUUUAGCAGCCAUCGUAGAAAAAGGUAGCGAAAGUUCUAUGUAUGCGUACCCGACGAUGGUUGAAGACGAGUGCAAACUCUACGUCGCGUAUUCAAUUAUGACUCGGAGAGAUUGGAAGGAGAUUCAAGAGAGAACCGCGCAUGAGCCAAACGGCGGUGGCAUAUACGUCGCGGAAAUAGAUCUCGUGAGUGGAAUAUUAAGAGGUGAGGAGGCUAUACUCUUAAAUCCAGCGCCUGAAAAUAUCGAAGUAGUAGAAGAAGAGAUGGGCCUUAGUAAUGGCAGUGCCAUUGCGCUCUAA